GAGGGCAUGCCCGGGCGGGGCCUGUGUGGCGAGAGGGACCGGUCCCGUCGGUGGAGAGGAGCCCGGUCAAUAACGGGCGUGGCCUUCGCGGCGAAGACGGGGCCCUGCAGCGUGGGGGCGGGGCCUGGGCGGCGGGGGCGGGGCUUGCCGCCCGCGGCCGCUCGCCGCUCGACGUGCUCGGCGCUCUCGCGGGGCGCGCUCGGCGCUCGACCCGCCGCCCUGCGUACGGCGCGCGUCCUACUCCGGGGCUCCGGCGCCGCCAUCAUGUCGACGGCCAUGAAUUUUGGGUCCAAGAGCUUCCAGCCGCGGCCCCCGGACAAGGGCAGCUUCCCGCUGGAUCACUUCGGUGAGCGGCGGGCGGCCGCCGGGCUCCUGCGCCGAGUCUCGGGUCGUGGGUCUCCUCCGGUGGCGCCGUGCGGCCCCGUGGGCGCUGGCGUCCGCACGCGGUUGCAGGUGGGGAAACUGAGGCCCGCCGCGGCCCACCUCCACCACCCCGGAGGCGGGCCUGCGGGAAGAGGGGCGACAGGUUGCGGAGGACGUCCCGAGGGAGAGCGUUGCCGGCGUCCGGGGGACCCGCGCCCAGCCUCGCCCAAAGCCCGCAGGCUGUCAACCUGGGCCUCGCGCGGACCUGGAAAGUCCGCGUUUGGGGCGAAUGCAAAAGCUUUAAGGAGAAGUUCAUGAAGUGUCUCCGCGACAAUAGAUUCGAAAAUGCUUUGUGCAGAAGUGAGUCGAAAGACUACUUAGAAUGCAGAAUGGAGAGGCAAGUACCUGCUGGCAAUGAACGACUUCUGGAACCUCCCGGCACUCCCAUGGAAGCAUUUUUUUUUUUUCCCCAAGAGGUCCUUGCAGCGGGCCUCAUUCAUCCCCCAGGUUCCAAGCCUUUGUCUUUGAGAGCGUAGAAUGGCUCGCCCCUGGAACGGAGGCCCGCCAGAUUCAGUGGCCCUGAAGGUUUCCCAGUCAUGGGGACCCUGCGGAGAGGGAGCGCGUCUUACGGGGCUGCAUUCCUGAGUGUUUUCUUUGCACGUUUGGGAGCUGCUGACCCGUCGUUAAGGUUUCAGAAUCGUACAUCAUAAAAAUGCUGACGGAGUCAAAAGAUGUGCAGGUCGUGGGCACAGGGUUUCUUCCUCUCGCGUUCUCAGACCAUAAAAAUACCGCUUGGUUCCACGUAGCUCAGCAGUGCUUGAAAUGUGACAGGGGAGACAAUGGGCCAUUCAGAAACGGUGAAACACGGAGGUUUGUUCUGUCCUGACCAGAACUUACCAGCGCUCGCUUUUAAGUGAAACGUGUUUCUGACUGUGGUCCGUUGAGAUUUUACUGAAGAGCUAUUCCUCCUCCUAACGGGGAAAAGCAUAGAGCGUAUAAUUACAUGGUGGGGGUGGGAACUUUUAUUCCUGCCCUUCGGGCCCUUCGUCAGCUUGGUGAGGAGUCCGGUCUUCACACGGCCUUGUCUGAAGACGGAGUGGCGUAAACCCAUCCAGCCAGAGCCCCCUUGUCGUUUCUCCAUAACAGAGUCCGACAUUUCCCUCAGGGCACAAUCGCUUGUGUCUUUCAGGCCCACAGGUGCGUUGAGGGCUGUCGGUGGACAUGUGGGACGUUGGCCCUUUUGGGAGUGUGGCCCUCAUGUGAGGCCCUCGUUCUGUCUUCCGAGUCGUUCAGGGCCACCCGAGUCCAGCUCUCCCCAUCUUUAAAUAGCCCAUUGCUGGGAUCCACGUGUUUAAGUUACUGUCUUUUUUUUGAACAUUCAGUUUUGAGAGACAGAGACAGAGCUUGAGCAGGGGAGGGGCAGAGAGGGAGACAGAAUCUGAAGCAGCUCCAGGCUCCAAGCUGUCAGCACAGAGCUCGACGCGGGGCUCGAGCUCCCUAAUGGCGAAAUUGUGACCUGAGCCCAAGUCAGAUGCUUCACUGAAGGGGCACCCCUAAAUGACUGUCUUUUAAGUCGAUAUACCUUCCAGAAAUGAACUGAGUUUCUUUUUGGUGCUGCCACGCCCUGGAGACCAUUUGAAGUUGGUUUCUGACCGCGUGUGAGGGUACGAGCAGGUCACCUGCCCCCGUGAAGCUCAGGUGAGCCAUCCCUGUGCCGGCCACAGUGGCCAGCACACGCAGGCAGCCGCUCCUGCUGGGAGCCGCUCCAGACAUUUGGGCCGUCUGGGUCCCCAGAGAGGCUCCUGGCUCGUCUGGCAAAGGACAGCAGAAGGGUUCUGACUUUUCUCCCCAUGUGACCUUGGAAGUGGGCUGUCUGCUCUCCACGUGGCCACGCCUCGCUCAGCAUGGCCUCUGGAGACCAGCCUGCCCUGAGGCCUGCUGAGGUCAGUGGGGAUGGGGUGGCGGGGGGUGCAGCUCGCCUCUCCGUGGGUUCCGUCAUUUCAAGUGGCUUCUCUGGUUGGUCCAGUGACGUUAAGACCAAUGUAGGGGGUACAUGUGUGUUCAGACUCGGUCAGUGAUUUUGGCUGUAGACUUUUGGAUGGUUUUCAGUUCCAAGUCCAUGACCAUCCAGGUUCAGUAUAGAGACUGCACAUUUAUUUCCCUUCCCACUUUUUGUACACCUUUUUAUUCCUUUCAUGCUGAAAUCCCAGACGUUAUUUACCCCUGCGAACGUCCAUAGGCAUCUUUCUUUUAAUGUUUGUUUAGUUUUAAGUGGGAGGGAGGCAGAGAGGGAGGGGACAGAGGAUCCGAAGUGGGCACAGUGCUCAGAGCCCAGCGCGGACCUCGAACUCCUGAACCGUGAGAUCGUGACCUGAGCCACAGUCGGACGCUCAACCAACUGAGCCACCAGGCGCCCCCACCAUAUGCAUCUUUGUAGAAAACUGGACCACAGUGAGAUUUUAGAGUUGCCUCUUGAGGACUUGCGCCGUCUUAGCUCGACGUGGAAGUGUCUGUGCGGUUUGGAUGUGGAUCACACUCUUGUGGGAAGAGCUGUUAAAUCGGGGACGACUUUGUUGGCCAAGAAAACAGCAAAUACACUGUGAUCUGCGAUCUCAAGCCUCUGUGAUCUUUUGACUUUGAGUUCCUGCCCCGUGCGGUGGGCAUCCGGGGGCUGUGCCACACACCCUGGCGUGCGAUCCGGGCCUCCUGGCCGGGCUGGAGGAGGCCCGGCGCACGCUCCUUGGAAAGCCUCAGGUCCUAAAAACCUGCACUGUCCCCUUAUGCUGAAGGGGAGGCGUCCACGUCAUCCUUUUGGCUUUAGAACUCGGUAAUCGUUGGAUUGUUGUGUUGUGUCCUGGCCACAGAGCUGGAUUUUGUGAAGACUCACACGUCUGUAGGAAGGGCCUCUUGAACUGCGUCUCGUUUAGCUUGUAGUGUUUUCCCCCUCGCUCCCCGUUUGCUGCUGAACACACAGGUCCUUCCUGUCGUGUCCCGAGGAGCACUGCUGCUCUCCGUGCUCCUGGUGCCCCCAGCACACUCACGUUCUGCAGCGAGAGGUCUGACGCAGGUCCCGCGGGCCGCGCUCCUCGUGGAUGCUCCGGUGCAGAACUGCUUCUGCCUUUCCAGCUUCUAGAGGCGCCCACGCCCCUCGGCUCGUGGCCCUGCUCCGUCUGGAAGCCGGCGAUGCCGUGUCCCUGGCCCGUCCUCCUCUUCCGUCCUUCUGACCAAAGCCAGCGCAGGCUCUCUGAUUUAAGGGUUCCCGCGUUGCAGCUGAGUCCGCCUGGGGAGUCCGAGGCGGUCUCCCCUCGGCACCUCCUGGUCGGCUCCUGUGUUCCGCCUCGGCCCAUCCCCCUUUGCCGCGUAAGGACACAGAUAACACAGUCAGUCUGGUCUACAAGUGGACUUUGUACCUUUCAGUGGAUUCCAGCUUUUUGUAACAGAAAUUGCCGUGCGCACCAGUGGAGGGAACGCAGCGCCACGGCACCUGCCCAGUCCCCCGUCCCCGCGGCUGGAGCCCUCGAGGGCGUGUACCCUAAAGACUUAGUUUCGUUCUCAGUGGGGACGGCCUGGACAGCCCUUGUGAAGCUUGGGUAGAGGUCAUCUGCCAGGUUUUGUAUUUCCGCAGGAGGGUAGCCGGCUCACCUGGAGCCCCACAGAACCCGCAGAAAGUGGGUCGUCUGACCGGUGACCAGGUGACUCACAGUGUCCCUCGGUUCCCAGCGUGCUGGCUGAACCCUGGCUGCCCGUGCUGGCCUGCCGGGCUUGCGGGGGGUGCGUGAGCUCAGCGGUGUGGGGGGGGGGGGUCACAGCGCCAAGUGAUGGUGGCUUGGCGCGGCGGGCGUCCCCUUUCCCGGCCGGGCCUGUUGGUUCCUGCAGGAGCACUGGGCUCCCACCAGCAAGCAGGACGGACAGGUGGCCUCCAAGAGUUGGACCUGUCCCUGCCCCCCGCCCCCCCCCCAAAAAAAAAAAAACGAAGCAGAAUGAAAGCCAGGCCCUGCCGCCCUGGAGUGUGGGCAGUGAGAGGCUGGACGGGGGCAGCUCCAGCCCAGCAGGUGCUCCGGGACUUCUCGGUCUUCGAGGUCCUGACUUAAACGGACACGGUGAGGGGCUGGCACACGGCUGGGCACAGAGGGAGCGGGAGCACAGAGGACACGGCCGCCGGCCAGCUGUGGGGCCACGGCUCGGGCCGUGUGGGGCAUGGGGCCUGGGGCAGCAGUGAGAAGAGACAGAGCUGGUGGGCCACGUGUCCCAGUGUUUCUGAGAAACAGGUGAAGCUCACAAGUGCAGUGACCCUUGGACGACACGGUGUGAACGGGGCAGGUCCACUUACCACCCAGAUCUGUUGAUCCGUGUAGGACAGUGUUGUAAACGUAUUGCUUCCUGACCAUUAUUUUAACGAGCUUUUUCUGUCUGGCUGACCCGUUGGUAAGAAUACGGCCGGAAGACACACGACAUGCAAAAUGCACGCUGUCGCUGAGGCUUCUGGUCGGCGGGGGCUGUAGUCCUUAAGUUCUGGGGAGUCAGGAGUUAGGAACGGAUUUUCGACUGUGCAGGUGAAUGGUGCCCCUAACCUGUGGCUUGUUCAGGGGUCGCUUUACCAAGUGAAGUCUGUCCUGUCCCCGCCCGCCCUGUCCGGUGCAUCUUCCCAGCGACCUGGAGGCCGGUUUGAGGUUGGAGCCCUCGAACGGGACACACGUCUGCCACAGACUGGCACCCGGCGGGGGGCUCGUGGCGGUCUGCCCGCUUCCUUCGGGUUCCCGGCUCCACCCGGCACCCCAGGGGCUUCGCACACUGUCCGCCAGCGGCCGUCCGUCCGGAGUCCAGAGGCGCGGGUGUCAGCUGGGAGGAGGAGGACGCAGAGAGGCCCUCGGGGUCCCGGGGGCCUGGGUCCAGCGGUGCCACUGGCCGCAGGCAGUCGGGAUGGGAGCGAAUGCGCAGGCCUCGCACGGACAUUGCUGUUGGUUUUUGUUGCAGGCAGCUGAUGGCGCAGGAGCCCCUGGAGAAACUGGGGUUUGGAGAUUUGACGGAUGGAAAACCAGGGGCAGGAACUAACUCCUGACGGGAAGAAGUCCGUCCACCGGCUGCUGGCUUGUCCAGGGUGGAGCGUGUCGGGUGACCUUGUCAACCGACGGUUUAUGGUUAGGCGCUGUGACCUCAGAAGAAGUUUCUGGCACGCCCUCCUUGGCGGAAACCUCUCCUCUUGAUGUCUCCCAGGUUAUUCUGAGAAGCGAUUGUCCCCUUUAGGUCUCAUUUUCCCCAGGAGCCUUAGAUUUUAUCUUUACAUCGGGAGAGUUCCCAGGGAGGCCUGUGGCAGGUGGGAGGAAGGAGAGCGGAGUCACGCCCGCUGCGCGAGGGGACGCGCGGGCAUCUGCGACGCGGUGACUCCCUCUGUGAUACUGUCCGUAGCUCCUCAGUACUGACAUGCCGAAUGCUAGCGGUUUCAGCCCAUCACAUAGACGCUGCCCGAAAACCAUUUCCUGGCAAAGUGGUUUCCUUCUGUGCCCAUUUAUUUCCCGUGUUGUUUUUUUUUAAGCAAAAUAUAAAAUAUAAACUUGGAAAUGAGAUUGUUAACUUUUGACA